AUGCCGCCGUCUAGUCUGGGUCUGCGUCGUCUGCGAGAUCGUAGUACACGCGCGCUGAAUCUAGGUAACGAUAGCAAAAGAAGAAAAAAAAUUAUCUGUGCCCUCGGCUUCGCGGUUUGCAAGUUGGUUUCGCGUCCUGUCAGGACGUCAGAAACGUUACGAGGACUUCAGCAAUGACGUGAACGAGAUUUGAGAGCGUCGCGGAAGACUGCACCAAAGGCUCAACCGAGGCGGCGACGGCGUCGAGCAUCGGAGAGGGGACGUCGGUUCUGCUUGUUUUUUUUCCUCAGGCAUAGGCCACCAGAAAGUGUUCAAGAGCUGGCAAGAUGAGGGCCCUGCUGCUGAAGCAGAUCAACUUGCAGACCGCCCUUCUGCGGUCCUCACUGUGCCCCCUGUACCAGAACAGCUGCUACUAUGCCUCGAGCCCUGCCUCAGACAUCAAACCCAUCAAGAAGGUACUUGUGGCAAACAGAGGCGAGAUCGCCAUCCGUGUCUUCAGGGCCUGCUAUGAGCUCGGCAUCAGGUCGGUCGCCAUUUACUCAGAGCAGGACAAAAUGCACAUGCAUCGACAGAAGGCAGAUGAAGCAUACCUCAUUGGAAAGGGUCUCGCCCCUGUCGAAGCUUACCUCAACAUCCCUGAAAUAAUCAGGAUCGCUCAGGAGAACCAAGUGGAUGCCAUUCAUCCGGGAUAUGGUUUCCUCUCGGAAAGGUCAGACUUUGCUCAGGCUGUCAUCGAUGGUGGUAUUCGGUUCAUUGGUCCUACACCGGAUGUCAUGGCCAAGAUGGGGGACAAGAUAGCUGCUCGCCAGUCGGCCAUCAGUGCAGAUGUGCAGGUUGUUCCUGGAACAGACAGGCCCGUAGAAACAACAGAGGAGGCUGUGGAGUUUUGCAAGCAGCAUGGCUUACCGGUCAUUUUCAAGGCUGCUUAUGGCGGUGGUGGCCGAGGAAUGCGGGUCGUCAAGGAAAUGAGUGAAGUGGAAGAGAAUUUUCAGAGGGCCACGUCGGAGGCAAAGGCUGCCUUUGGCAAUGGUGCCAUGUUCAUCGAGAGGUUCAUUGUCCGCCCACGUCACAUAGAGGUUCAGCUGCUGGGUGACAAAGCGGGCAAUGUGGUGCACCUGUAUGAGCGCGAUUGCUCAGUGCAGCGACGGCACCAGAAAGUUGUUGAAAUUGCUCCAGCUGCCAACCUUGAUCCCAAGGUCCGGCAAGCCAUGCUUUCAGAUGCAGUGCGCCUUGCCAAGCAUGUUCACUACGAGAAUGCAGGAACAGUGGAGUUUCUCCUUGACGAGACGGGCCGUCACUACUUCAUCGAGGUCAAUGCUCGGCUUCAGGUAGAGCACACCAUCACUGAAGAAAUCACUGGUGUCGACCUGGUGCAGUCCCAGAUUAAGAUUGCCGAGGGACACCUCCUGCCAGACAUCGGCCUAGUGCAGGAGAACAUUGUGCCCAAGGGCUGCGCCAUUCAGUGCCGAGUCACAACGGAGGACCCUGCCAAGAACUUUCAGCCCGACACGGGACGCAUUGAGGUCUUUCGGAGUGGAGAGGGCUUUGGCAUUCGGCUCGACAGUGCGUCGGCCUUUGCAGGUGCCAUCAUUUCGCCGUACUACGACUCGCUACUCGUGAAGGUCAUUGCUCACGCGCAAAACAUGAGGUCUGCAUCGGCGAAGAUGAACCGUUGCCUGCGAGAGUUCAGAGUUCGGGGUGUCAAGACAAACAUUCCUUUCCUGCUCAACGUGUUCCAAAAUGAGAAGUUCCUCAGCUCCAAUGUCGACACUUACUUCAUCGACGAGCAUCCCGAGCUCUUCUUCUUCAUGCCAUCGCAAAAUAGGGCACAAAAGCUCCUCUAUUACUUGGGUAAUGUCAUGGUGAAUGGUCCCAUGACUCCCCUGGCAACUCCGCUCAAGCCGUCGGACCUCAUUCCAGUCAUUCCGGAGAUCCAGCCAGGCCCUGGCAAAGAGAUUUACAUACCUGGUUCGAAACCACCACCAGGACUGCGUGACGUGAUAAUCAAGGAAGGGCCCGAAGCAUUCGCCAAGAAAGUACGCCAGCAUGAUGGUUUACUACUGAUGGACACAACAUUCCGUGACGCCCACCAGUCACUUCUGGCCACACGAGUGCGGACAAUCGACCUCCUCAACAUCAGCCCCUUUGUAGCGCACAGCUUUGACAAACUUUACAGCUUGGAAAAUUGGGGCGGAGCAACAUUUGACGUCGCCAUGCGCUUCCUGCACGAGUGUCCCUGGGAACGGCUGGAGCAGAUGCGAGCCCUUAUCCCCAACAUCCCGUUCCAGAUGCUGCUGAGGGGUGCCAACGCUGUAGGCUACACGUCAUACCCUGACAAUGUGGUGUACAAGUUUUGUCAACUGGCAAAGGACUGUGGUAUGGACAUCUUCAGAGUCUUUGAUUCUCUCAACUACCUUCCCAACCUAAUUCUUGGCAUGGAGGCUGCUGGGAAAGCAGGUGGUGUUGUGGAGGCAGCCAUCUCCUACACCGGCGAUGUCUCCAAUCCGGAGAGAACAAAAUACAACCUGGACUACUACCUGAAGUUGUCCGACGAGCUGGUCAAAGCUGGCACUCACGUACUCUGCGUCAAGGACAUGGCUGGCCUAUUGAAGCCACAGGCAGCACGCAUCCUGAUCAAAGCACUCAGGGAUCGACACCCAGACACACCGAUUCACAUCCACACUCACGACACAGCUGGUGCAGGCGUUGCCUCCAUGCUGGCCUGUGCUGAAUCUGGCGCAGACGUCAUCGAUGUGGCCGUCGACUCCAUGUCUGGUAUGACCUCACAGCCGAGCAUGGGUGCCAUCGUGGCUUGUCUGCAAGGCUCCAAGUACAAGACCAGGCUCUCCCUGGACAGUGUGAGCCGGUACUCGGCAUACUGGGAGCAGGCCCGUACCCUGUAUGCCCCGUUCGAGUGUGCCGUCACCAUGAAGAGCGGCAAUGCCGACGUGUACGAGAAUGAGAUCCCCGGAGGCCAGUACACGAACCUGCAGUUCCAGGCAUUCAGCCUGGGACUUGGCGAGCACUUCGAGAGCAUUAAGAAGGCCUACCGUGAUGCCAAUAUGCUGCUCGGCGACAUCAUCAAGGUGACACCCUCCUCAAAAGUUGUCGGCGACCUGGCUCAGUUCAUGGUGCAAAACCACCUCAGCAGCCAGGACGUGCUGGAUCGUGCUGAGGAACUGAGCUUUCCAAGCUCAGUGGUGGAGUUCAUGCAGGGCCACAUUGGCGAGCCCUACGGCGGCUUCCCGGAGCCACUUCGUAGCAAGAUCCUGAAGGACAUGGCUCGCAUCAGUGGCCGCCCUGGCCAAAGCUUGCCUCCGCUCGACCUUGGUGCACUGAAGCAGAAGCUGGUCGACAAGUUUGGGCCCAGGAUUCGCGAAACGGACGUGAUGAGCGCUGCCAUGUACCCUAAGGUGUGCGACGACUUCCUCAACUUCCGCCAAACAUUCGGCCCUGUCGACCUCCUCGACACGCGCGUCUUCCUUGUCGGACCCCGUGUGGGGGACAACUUUGAGGUAACGAUAGAGAAAGGCAAGACACUGCACAUCAAGACCCUGGCCGUGGCCGCCGAUGUCACACCCACUGGCGAGCGCGAGGUAUUCUUUGAGCUAAACGGCCAACUGCGAUCUGUCUUUGUCAAGGACAACAGCAUGAGUGAGGACAUUGUGGCACAGCCCAAGGCAGACAAGGACGUCAAGGGCAGCGUGGGCGCCCCCAUGCCGGGCACUGUGGUCGACAUCAAGGUCAAAGAGGGCCAGCAGAUCAACAAGGGUGAUGCGCUGGUCGUGCUGAGUGCCAUGAAGAUGGAGAUGGUGGUGCAGGCACCUGUGGCCGGCAAGGUGAAGAAGAUCUACAUCACCAAGGACAUGAAACUCCAGGGCGAUGACCUCCUGCUUGAGAUCGAGGAGGCCUCGUGAUCUUGCUCGGCAGGUCACAUGGAAAGAAGCCCUUUUAUUUCUCAAGGCCCAUGUUUUUACUUCGAGUGACAUUAAUGAGGAAUUGUUUAUCCAAGCCAACAUUCCGAUUGGCUAGGCACUCGUCGUCAAGAAGGCUACACGUGAGUGAUGGCUGGGUAUGGCUUCUAGGGGAGAACCAGCCUGACAGUUCUGUCUGUGGUACCCUUCCAUCGUUGUUCAUUCAUGCCAUGUUCAUUCCUUCUUUCCUUCUGCUCCAAUAGACAGGAUACCGGUGACGAAGGCAUGCGUUUCUGGAAUGACACUUUUUGAUGGCUUGGCUUCAAGUGGUGCUUGCAGCUUUUUAGAUCAUUCAACAGGUGUGCUGUCACAUAUCAACCAAAGCGCACUAGUCUUCUAAAGCAAUGCAGAUGCUCAUCGUACACUAUCAAGGUAAAGCAGAGCUAACUUUCAAGUCCUCUUGGCCUGUCCUUAGGUUAGCCUAAAUUGUUUACUCAUACAGAGGAGCUUGCUUUUAACCUUUUGUUGUCCAUUGAGCUUACCUGCUGAGUGCACGCACGUUUGCAUAGCAGCAAGCUCGUUUUUAUUUUGAUGUUUGCCUGCCACCAGGAAAGUGAUGUUGGCAAAUGUUCAACUAGUUGACGAAUGUCCCGUCCUUGAUUUAGUGUUCGCCAGAUAUAACAUUUGGCAAGAUGAAGGUGUACACCAGAGCGCGCUAUGCUUUAGCCUAUAAGCCACUCUUGUUGUGACAUCCGACUCGGUUAUCACCUGUAUCAACAGAAAUACUAUUUCCUGUAGGCAUUAUUUUUGUGUAUAUAGCCUUACAAUUUCUGCCUUCUGAGAGUGUCUGAUUGUUAUUCAGCACGAAAAUUAUUGGCAAUUUGUACCACUUUUUAUAGUAUGCAGUUUUUUUUUUCUUUUUAUGUACAGUGUUCAAGAAACCUGAGAGUAAUUUUUGCAGGUUCUUCAUGUCAGUCUGUUUUGGAGAUGUUUUCUUGUCAAGGACCCUUUACAGUUGGACAAGUACCUUGAACAUUCUGAAAAAUCUCAUGUUCUUAAUGCAAGCUAGAGCAUCGCAGAGCAUUCUUUCUCUUUUUUUUUUUGCUCAUAUUCGUGUGUUGUGUGAUUGCUGUACAAGCAUCACUUCAGCACGCAGUUCUCCACUUUCCCUAAGAACUUAAUUCAACAGCCUUAGCCACUGCCUCAGUGAUCCAUUUGUGAGAGAGUACAGUAUAGGAGUGCAGUUUUUCAAAGCGCUCGCGUUGUUUGAUAAAUAGUCAGGAAUGCGUGAUAACGUGGUCUUUCAGAGAGAGUCUUCCAAGAAGGUACAUAGAGAGAUAGUUCCACACGUGUCUAUUUUUCAUAAGUCUUUAUUUUGCUUGGUCUUCAUGUGCUCUUGCUGUAUAUAAUCACAAUAAAUAAACGUCCAAACACACUG